GCAGAGUGAUGGUGCCUUUGAUUUUAUUAAUCGAUGAUCCAAUCGUUCGAGUCCCAGCGCAAUGCUCGCAAUUACUAGCACCGUGCUGUAGUAGUUGCUUAAAACAGCAUGCCCUUCCGAAGGCAACGUCCAAGUGGAAAAGUAAAAUCUCAACCAGGUGGCAUCGGGACCUCGAGUUUGACAUGGAUGACUACAAGCCACAGCCACCACCACCCACAAGCGCAGGGGCAUCAUCCACCGCUGACUGGCCACAGCAGAACCCAGACCUCAAAAACCCCCCAGGCACUCGUGGGCCAUGGCGAAUCCUCCGCAGUCGAUGGACCCAAACAUAUCCAACGAGCGGGCCUAGGACGCCGUCCCCGGUAAAGGUAGGUUACCAACAGCCACUCACAACAAAGUGAUUCUCUCCCAAGCUUCCAACUCUUACCCCUGGGCCACGCCACGAUUCCACCACAGCCCAGCGGCCCAUGUCCUGGAACGACCCACUGCUGCACCAUCCCCCGUCAACGGCUCGGACGGGCCUUUCAGAUGUGGUCGAUGGCUGCUGUCCGCGUGUGCGGUGAAACAGGGCCUUGCCCAUGCCAGCGGGCGGGCAUAUCGGUGGCCACGCGAAAGAUCUCAGUUCGUGUUAUUUGCGUCGAGACUCGGGCCCAGCUGAAAAACAACAGUCUUCUUCCUUUUCUGCACAUGAAACCCUUUGUUACAACCUGCAACUUUACCCUUUUGCCGCUCUUUUUACACAUUCUACAUUCGCUUCACUUCAUCGACAUUACAUUUGGUUCUGCCUGUCACUCGCUCAAGGCUUUUGAGUAUUGGACCUACCAUUUCCCAGAUAUCCAACAUCGUCUCUUUUCGAUUCGGCCCUUCUUUGCAACAUCCCUCGUUUUGCAUUACUUCGAAAACAACAUUCGUGAACAAACUACGCCGUGGAAAGAGAACACCCGAGACCAGUUCCUCGCCGGCCAACGGCUUGCCCUGUGUGUUGAAACACAUCUACAUACACUGCCACCAUGUGGAGGCCGUCCCUCAUAGCACUCGCCUCUUUGGGAUUUCUUCCAUAUACUCUGGCCACGGACAUAUUGAAGACGGACGGCUUUUCAGACUGUAACAACGGGACAUCGACUGUCAAGGUCAACCAUGUCGACAUUUCGUUCGAUCGAUCAACCAAUGAAAUUCAAUUCGACGUCUCAGGCACCAGCACCGAGGUUCAAAAUGUGACGGCAGAGUUGGUGGUGACGGCAUAUGGGGUUCAAGUAUAUGAGAAAGAGUUUGAUCCUUGUGAUGAAUCAACCAAAGUGGACCAACUAUGUCCUGUGCCCGAAGGAACAUUUGGUGCGAACGGAACACAAAAGAUCCCAUCAGAGUACACGUCCAUGAUCCCCUCAAUCGCAUUCUCACUACCCGACCUCGAGGGUAGUGCACAGUUGAUACUCAAGGCGAAAGAUGGAAAAGAGCUGGCAUGCAUCAAGUCCGGCGUCACCAACGGCAAGACCGUCGAGGUGCCCGCAGUGUCAUACGUGGCUGCAGCCGUCGCCGCCGCCGCUCUAGCAGUAUCGUUAGUCGGGGCGGCCGCCUCCGGGGCUCAUCCAGGAUCGACCUCAUCAAGUCCCGGCUUUUCCGAAGUUAUGUGGUGGUUUCAAGGCAUGGCCAUGAACGGAAUGCAUUCGGUCCAAUAUCCCGCCAUCUAUCGGAGUUUUUCCAAGAAUUUCGGUUUCGGCACCGGACUCGUAUCGUGGGCUGGACUGCAGGAUUCGAUUGACAGCUUCCGAUCACAUACUGGAGGCAACUUGACCAACGCCAGCUAUGAAUCCCUGAAGAACUCGACUCUUGUCUAUUCGGACGGCAGCACGACUCAGACCACGACGGGGAUAGCCAAGCGAGCUAUCCUAUUACUACGUGACAUCGACACCUCGAUCAACGAAACGAGCAGCAGUAACUCAUCCACUAGUGACACCUCGACAGCAUCCCAUUUAGUCCACGGCAUCCAAGGCUACGUGGAACAACUGACCAUUCCCGAAACCAACACAUUCAUGACCGUCCUAUUAAUAUUCGCAAUUGUGAUCGCCGCCAUCGUCGUCGGGAUCCUAUUAUUCAAAGUCAUCCUAGAAGCAUGGUCACUAUUCGGUCAAUUCCCGAAAUCUCUAACGACCUUCCGCAAGGAAUACUGGCGCGUCAUGGCUCAGACGAUUACCACGCUCAUCAUGUUGUUAUACGGCGUGUGGACAUUAUACUGCAUAUUCCAAUUCACACACGGCGAUUCGUGGGCGGCAAAACUGCUCGCGGGCAUCACUUUGGCCACAUUCACCGGAAUCUUGAUGUUCUACACCUGGAAGAUCUGGAGUACUGUGCAAAAACUAAAGAAACUCGAAGGCGACGCAAGUGCCCUUUACGAAAACAAAGAGACUUGGAAACGGUACAAGAUCUUUUACGAAAACUACAAGCGCGGCUACUGGUGGUUGUUCAUCCCGGCCAUCGUGUACAUGUUUGCCAAGGGAUGCGUCCUUGCCGCCGGCGACGGUCACGGUCUAGUCCAGACGAUCGGCCAACUCAUCAUCGAGGCACUAAUGUUGUGUCUCUUGCUCUGGAGUCGGCCAUAUAAUCGCAAAUCGGGCAACUGGAUCAACAUCAUCAUUCAAAUCGUCAGGGUUUUGUCGGUUAUUUGCAUUUUGGUUUUCGUCGAAGAGUUGGGAAUCGCUCAGACCACAAAGACGAUUACGGGCGUGGUGUUGAUUGCCGUCCAGUCUGGUUUGACUGCAAUCUUGGCCCUGUUGAUUGUUAUUAACAGCAUUAUCACCUGUUGCAAGGAGAAUCCGCAUCGUAAACGGCGCAAGCAGGCUGAAAAGAUGCACGAGAAUGACCUGGAAGGCGAUGCCUACCUCCUCAUGCAGCACAACGCAGGAUCUCCCGCCAAGCGUGCCCGUCUUAUGUCCGACACCGCCGAGGUGCCGCCUAGUUACGAGCCUGUCCGCGCUCAAGCUCUGUCGAAUCGAUUUGGGCCGCCCCUACUCCCUCUCCCGCAUCCCCUGACUAGAAAUGAAAGCCACGAAGUCCUCGUCAAAGGCGCCGCGGGUAUGGGUAUGGCGCGCACUCGUUCAGGAGGGUACCGCAGUAUAAGUCCGGAUCGGGCCAGCGACGUCGACGGAAGUCCUCCUCCUCCUCUUUCGCGCGAGCCGAAAUUGCCCGAUCUGGGCUUUGAGCGGUAUCGCCAUGUCUAAAACAGACGCGGAAAAAAGCAAGAGGGAAAACAAAAGGGCUAGACUAGAGCUCGCCGACUACCUGAGCUCCUUGAACAUGUUGGUUAUUUGUGCCAUGGCGUCUCAUUUGUCUUUUAUGUAUAUAAGCAAGCAAGCAAGCGUUGAGCGGGUGACGGUUGUGUCGUCUUUUUUAGGUUCGAAUUUUGGGUCGGAUUCGUGUAGAGUGAGCUUCCGUAUGACAAUGGAAGUUCUGGAAUGAUAAUGAAACAUUCAGCUAACAAUACAUGUCACUCGAUGAUUUUGAUUUUAGUCAAUGUGGAAUGAAGCGUUGCACCGUUCUAUUGCAUAGUAUACUGAAAUCAUUCAGACGUCAAGUUUUCUAUUCUGCG